AUGUCAACACACUCUUCUGAAGACCAUCAGGCUGUUUCAAAAAAGCGUUCAAGAAAUGUACAUCUUUGGAAAAAGAAUGUUAGAAAAGCUAAGAAGAUUUGUGGAGAAGCUUAUAUCGGUGCUACAGGAAAAAUUAAUAAUGCAAAAACGUUUGAACCAAUAAUUUGCAAGUGUUCUAAGAAAUGCCACAACUUUAUACCAGAUACUAAACAAAAAGAAAUUGAUAAGAAAUUUUAUGAUUUGAGUACUUAUGAUUUACAAACUUCUUUUUUAUUUGGUCUUAUUAAAGUAAUUAAUAAAAAGAGAACAUACAAAGGAACUGUCAAUAGUGACAAAAGGUCAUUUUCUAGAGAAUUCUAUUUACCCGCAGGUGAUGGCACUGAAGUAAAAGUUUGCAAAAUGUUUUUUAAAGAGUUAUUUUCAAUACAGAUGGUAGAAUUACAAGACUUUUGA